UCGAUCUCCUCUGUCAGUGUAAUCCCGUCUCUCCAUCCGGCAGACAUGGCGACUGCGAGGACGCUCAUACGCUACUGAACAACCUGCAUCUGAAGCGGCUCUCUGCGGUCAUCACAACAUCACCAUUUCUAUCAGUUGCUUUCGGAUAAACGCACACAGAGAAUACUUUGUAACGUCUGAUUGAGGAAGACAAUGGUGGAACAGGGCCAGGCAUCUUUGGCGGGGCAGAGGUUAGGAGCACCAGUGACCCUGGGCAUCAGCACUCUGGACCCUCGACACAAAGCGGCAGCUAUGCCGCCUGGCCGACUGAUGCCCGUCAGAGUCUUGCUGCUGGACGACUCAGAGGAGACAUUCGACAUAUCGCAUCGAUCAUCAGGACGUGUUCUGUUUGAGAGGGUCUGCUCUCAUCUUAACCUCAUUGAAGGGGAUUACUUCGGCCUGGAGUUCCAGAACGAUAAUAGUAGGACGGUUUGGUUGGAUUUACUAAAGCCCAUUAGAAAGCAGAUCAUACGGCCCAAACACACCGUCCUUCGGUUUGUUGUGAAAUUUUUCCCCCCUGAUCAUUCCCUUCUACUGGAGGAGCUGACCAGGUACUUUUUUGCACUGCAGGUCAGGCAGGAUCUAGCAAGCGGACGGCUCACCUGUAGCGAUUCCAGCGCUGCUCUUUUGGUAGCUCAUAUCAUCCAAUCUGAAAUUGGUGAUUUUGAAGAGACUCAGUGUAGACAACAUCUGCUGAACACCAACUACAUUCCUGAUCAGAUGGCCCUGAUGGACAAAAUCAUGGAGUUCCACCAUAAACAUGUUGGACAGACUCCAGCAGAGUCAGACUACCGUUUGCUGGAGGUGGCGGGCAAGUUGGAGAUGUACGGCAUCCGACUCCACCCGGCUAAAGACAGAGAGGGAACAAGACUCAGUCUGACUGUAGCACACAGUGGCAUCUUUGUGUUUCAGGGACACACAAGGAUCAACUACUUUGAUUGGUCAAAAGUACGCAAGUUGAGUUUCAAGAGAAGAAGGUUUCUUGUCAAAUUGAGAGCAGACCCUAGUCAGAACGUUAAUCAAGAUACUCUGGAGUUCUCGAUGGCGAGUCGUGACUGCUGUAAAAUGUUCUGGAAGAUCUGUGUGGAGUAUCACGCCUUCUUCAGGCUGUUUGAAGAGCCCAGACCCAAAACCAAACCAGUGCUGUUCAGCAGGGGCUCUUCAUUCAGGUUCAGUGGUCGGACACAGAAGCAGGUGAUAGAUUACGUGAAGGAAAAUGAGUUUAAAAAACUGCCAUUUGAUAGGAAACAUAGUAGAGUGCAGUUCAACAGUAGCCUGUCAUCUCUGCCUUGUGCACUGCAUCAACAAGUGCCAAACCAAGCUGGGAAGCAGAGCUGGGAGGGCUCAUUUUUAGUGAGCUCAGAAGAUUCUGCUGUUUUAAGAGCAUGUGGAAACUCCUCGCCAUCGACCCAGCACAACGGAUGCAGCGACCAAACAUACCCCGUUCAAGAGGGCAGCAGAAGUCCGGCAGCUAAACAUCAGCCCGUCGAUCGAGCAGAGGUGACGUGUGCACUGGUAACAUUAGUUAACGGUCACGCUGAGGACUGUAGAGGAGUGACUCCAUCUCCUCUCAUCUCACCCGUGCUGAAUGACAGCACUGCCAUACGCACUGAUGAUGAGGAGGACAACAGGAGGAAGAUCUGCCCUGAUGAUAAUGCAUACUUCAUAGCUAAAGAGCUGUUGAGCACUGAGAGGACUUACCUAAAGGACCUGGAGCUGAUCACAAUGUGGUUUCAGAGAGUGUUGGAGAAGGAAGAGUGUGUUCCAGACUCUCUCAAGACACUGUUGAGUUCCACCUAUGAGCCGCUACACACACACCACACACACUUCCUCCAGGAGCUUGAGGAGAGACUUUCACUCUGGGAAGAUCGAUCCACUGUGCAAGAUAAAGGUGAUAUUCAGCGUAUAGGAGACCUGCUGCUGAAGACUAUAAAGGACCUGAAGUCCCUCUCAUCUGAGCUGCAGAUGAACUCAGAGUGUGUAUAUGAGCUGGAGAGAGCAUGUGCUGCAUCCUGGAGGCUGGAGUAUGUGUGUCGUGAGUUUGAGCUGCAAAAAGUGUGUUACAUUCCGUUAAACAUGUUUCUGCUGAGUCCUCUACAUCGAUCGCUGCACUACAGACUGAUACUAGAAAGACUCUGUAAGCACUAUGUGCCAACACACAUCGACUACAAUGACUGCAAAGCUGCAUUGGCUGAUUUGUGUGAGUUGGAGGCUGAGCUUCAUUCCAGUCUGGUGGUGAUGGAGAACUAUCAGAAACUCCAGGAGCUUCAAAAGGAUUUGAUAGGUGUUCAGAAUCUGGCCGUGGCUGGACGUCAACUCGUCAGACUGGGCUGCCUCAGUAAGCUCUCUGGGAAAGGUCUUCAACAGCGCAUGUUUUUCCUGUUCAAUGACGUCCUGUUGUACAGCACUCGAGGGAUAACAUCAACCAAUCAGUUUACAGUACACAGACAACUUCCUCUGCGCGGAAUGACAAUCCGGGAGAGUGAGGAUGAGUGGGGGGUACCGCACUCCUUCACACUGAUGGUUCAACAGCAGUCACUGGUGGUUGCUGCAUGUUCAGUGUCAGAAAUGGAGAAAUGGAUGGAGGAUUUAAAGAUUGCAGUUGAUAUGGCUGAAGAAUCGAAUGGACUGACCUCUGUCCUGCUGAUGUCAAACAAGGAUGCCAGUAAAUGCUCGGUGGUGUCUGAAGUGGAAUCAGAGGAUGAUCUUGGUGGGUCUCAAACAUCUUUGCCGCGACAUGGAAACAACUCAGCCAGCUCACUUCACCGUGGCAACACUACAGCACAUGUUUGUUGGCAUCGCAGCACCAGUGUUUCCAUGCUGGACUUUAACAUAGCGAUGGAGAACCGGCUUUCAGGAAAUCUACUGAGAAAGUUUAAGAACAGUAAUGGAUGGCAGAAACUCUGGGUGGUUUUCACCAAUUUCACACUGUUCUUCUACAAAACACACCAGGAUGAGUAUCCAUUGGCCAGUCUGCCGUUGCUGGGCUACACUGUUACAGAUGCUGGCGAGUCAGAAAAUAUUCAUAAAGAUCACGUCUUCAAGCUGCAUUUCAAAUCUCAUGUCUACUACUUCAGAACUGAGAGUGAAUACUUUUUCGAGAGAUGGAUGACUGUAAUAAGGAGUGCAACAGUCUCAGCAAGGAGAACCCGCUAUCUGAACAGAACAGAACUCGACUGACAUGGACAGAACACCACCGAAACACAGAGAAUCCGCUAUCUGAAUUGGACAGAACACGACUUAAUCACACAGAACCCACUACUGAUUCUUAGGGAGCAAACAUCUGAGUGUGUGUUUGUGGUUUUUUUUUGUUUGUUUUUUUGACAAUGUUGCAUUUGUGACUGACUUUUUUAUCACAAUAUUAUGACAUUAAAGGGGAAUGACACCUUUUCUCAUCUGAGCCCUUAAAAAAAUAUAGAUUUUUUUCAGUAAAAAUAUCAGAUUCAGACUAGCAGUAACCCCGUUAUUUUUAUUUUUGCAUAUUUGUUUUGUACACAGAACUUACUAUUUUCCAUGGAUCAUGUAAGGAGAUCUUUUGCAGAAUGUUCUGGGUGCUCUUCUAUACAUGAAAAUAAAUGGGGACUGGGGUUGUCAACCUUCAAAAACACAAAAGGUCACCAUAAAAGCAGUAGCGUUGUUAACCACCACACAAAUCAUGCAAUUGCGUGGGACUCCGGAUGUUAGGGGGCCCCGAUCGGACGGCAAAACACUCAAGGGGUGAUGCUCAAUUCUGCGUUCACACGCAGAUAUGCUGUUUUCAGCAUUUACGGAACUGAUUACGUGCAUUCAACCAUUUGUGAACAUUCAAAGCCACUUAAAAUGACUAUACAAAUCUAAAAAUGCAAAGCAGUAUCAUAGAAAUGUAGGAGGUGACAGCUUUUCACUAGAUUUGUAAUGUGAUUAGUGUAAACAGAAAAAUACAUUGAAAUCAUUGUUCCAUCAAAAUAAAAGCCCUAUCUGAAGUUGAAGUCAAUACGACAGAACUAUAUUACUUUUGUAUAAAACAAGCCUUCAAAAUAAUAAUACUAAUUCAGCAUAAUAUUAUAAUAGUAAACUUGACUGGACAAUAAUAAAUAAUAUUCAGCUAGGUUCCAAAAUAUAAGUGAGUGAACUUGUUGUUUUGCACACACUGUUCAUUCACAAAGAUGUUUUGUAAAAUAAUAAUAAUAAUAAUAAUAAUAAUUAGGUAAACAUUGCCUUAUUAAUGUAUGUUUGUAUUGGUGCAUUCAAAUGAUAUCAAUUAUAUUAUAAAUACCAUUUUUCCUUGUGUUUAUUAAGUGAAAAAACUAAAUAUUUAAAAAUAUUGAAUCUAUUUGGCUACAAUGGCUGUUCUAAUCACUUUUAUGUGAUUUCUGAGCAAAGAAACAAUUAUAAGAUAUAAUUACAUAAGAUAUGUUUUGAAUGUUGUCAAAAGCCCAAAUAAUAUUGAGAUAGUUUUUUAGCCAUAUCACCAACCGGGGGCCCCUGGUUGGACAGUUGGGGCCUCUGAAAUCAUAACCUUGCCCUCUUAUAACAAUGCCAUAAAAAGUAGUCCAUAGAGCAAUGGUAUGUCUUAAGAGGACAUAUAAUAUAUUGUGCAUGUCGUUUGCCACUUUUAAGGCUUUUUCUUUCUUUUGGAGUUUGACAGCCCGGUCCCAUUCACCUUUAUUGUUUAGAAAAGAGCAGUUCAGACAAAAAAAUCUUUGGAUCUGUUCAAAUAGGUUUGGAAUAACAUGAGGGUGAGCAAAUAACGACAGAACUUUCUAUCUCUUUUUAAGUAAAGAAAAAUGUUGUGAGUGAAAAAAAAAAACAGCUGCAUUAAAUAGGCCUCCAUUCUUUUGUGUUCCAUAUUUUGAGGUAAAGCUGGGGUUGCAGAAGUUAAAUAUUUAAGGCUGUCUGGGC